UGCUAGAGAGAGAGGAAAAAAAUAAGAGAGAGAGAGAGAGAGAGAGAGAGAGAGAGAGAGAGAGGAACUCGAUUGCCGAGUGAUGGCCGGAGCCGGAGCCGGAGCCGGAGAUAUAGACGAUCUGCCGAAGAACGAAGCAAACUACACGGCCUUAACGCCGCUGUGGUUCCUCGAGAGAGCUGCCUUGGUUCAUCCUUCCAGAUUAUCGGUCGUUCAUGGAUCUCGCCGCUACACCUGGCUCCAGACUUACCGCCGGUGCCGCCGUCUGGCAUCUGCUCUUUCGCACCAUUCCAUCGGCGCUGGACACACGGUUGCAGUAAUUGCACCGAAUAUCCCAGCUAUCUAUGAAGCUCAUUUUGGAGUUCCCAUGUCUGGAGCUGUUCUGAAUUGUGUUAAUAUACGUCUAAAUGCACCAACAAUUUCUUUUCUUCUCGGCCACUCAUCAUCUGCAGUUGUAAUGGUGGAUCAAGAGUUUUUUCCCUUAGCAGAAGAAGCUUUGAAACUCCUAGCUGAAAAAGGCCAUAGCCAUUACAAGCCACUUCUAAUUGUUAUUGGUGAUGAAAACUGCGAUCCGGAGGCACUGAAAUAUGCUUUAUCCAAAGGGGCCAUUGAAUACGAGAAAUUCCUGGAAAUGGGUAAUCCUGAGUAUGCUUGGAAACCACCAGAGGAUGAAUGGCAGAGCAUUACUCUUGGCUAUACAUCUGGUACAACUGCAAGUCCUAAAGGGGUGGUUUUGAGCCACCGAGGGGCAUAUGUCAUGUCUUUGAGUGCAGGCCUGGUGUGGGGGAUGAAUGAGGGAGCUAUAUAUCUUUGGACUCUGCCAAUGUUCCAUUGCAAUGGUUGGUGUUACACGUGGGCACUGGCUGCUCUCUGCGGGACAAGUAUAUGCCUCCGACAGGUUACAGCUAAGGCAGUUUAUUCAGCCAUAGCGAAACAUAAAGUAACACACUUUUGUGCUGCACCUGUGGUUCUUAAUACCAUUGUUAAUGCCCCUCAAGAAGAUACUAUCCUUCCCCUUCCUCAUGUUGUCCAUGUAAUGACAGCAGGAGCUGCUCCACCGCCUGCUGUAUUAUACGCCAUGGCACAGAAGGGCUUCCGGAUCACCCACACCUACGGCCUAUCUGAAACUUAUGGCCCCUCUACAGUAUGUGCAUGGAAGCCAGAGUGGGACUCAUUGCCUCCAGAAACCCAAGCGCGAAUGAACGCUCGUCAAGGUGUACGGUACGUUGCGUUGGAGGGUCUAGAAGUUGUGAACACCCAAACAAUGCAACCCAUUCCAUCUGAUGGAAAAACUGUCGGAGAGAUCGUAAUGCGUGGGAAUGCUGUCAUGAAAGGUUACUUAAAGAACCCCGAAGCGAACAAAGAAACCUUCGCAAAUGGGUGGUUUCACUCCGGUGACCUCGGCGUGAAGCAUCCCGACGGUUAUAUCGAAGUGAAAGACAGAUCAAAGGAUAUCAUCAUUUCUGGAGGCGAGAACAUUAGCAGUGUGGAGAUAGAGAACUUUCUCUACCAGCACCCAGCAAUACUGGAGGCAUCGGUUGUCGCAAGGGCAGACGAGCGGUGGGGAGAAUCUCCUUGUGCUUUCGUGACGUUGAAGUCGAAGGUAGAUAAGGCAGAUGAGCAGCGGAUGGCUGAGGAUAUUAUGAAGUUUUGUAAGUCCAAGAUGCCAGCUUACUGGGUCCCAAAAUCUGUGGUAUUUGGGGAUCUACCAAAAACCGCAACUGGGAAGGUUCAAAAGCAUCUGCUGAGAGCGAAGGCUAAGGAGAUGGGGCCUGUUAAGAUCAGCAAGUUGUAAUAUGAGCCAAGCUUAGACAGCCCCACCGGAAUGAGCUGCUUCCGCAGGUACUGAGUUUGUAUUCUAAAUUCUAAUACACACUACACAGCUCACAAACCAAGUUUAUAAAUAGUUGUUAUCAGUUUCACUACAUUCUAAUAAGAUAGGUUCAGGAUUCAUGGUCAAGUCAUUUGUACCUUUUCUUAGAGGUCGAAUGUUUGAAUUUCUACGGAUAUAAGUAUAUAAUUAUAAUAAAGAUCGGUAAGAGACACUUUCGAAUUGUCUUUAACCUUUGUUGUUAA